CCUGCCGGUGCUCCCCUGCCUGCCGGUGCUCCCCUGCCUGCCGGUGCUCCUGACGCCGCUGCUGCUGCUGCUUUCUGCGUGAACGCUCCGCUUCGUCUGCUAAGAGCGCUACCCCGAAGUGCUGACAGAUGCUGACAGAUGCUGGCGGUGCUGCUGGUGCCGAAUUCUCCCUGUGCCUUCUGCCAGUGCCUCUGCUGGUCACCGCUGUAGUGCCUGCAGCACCCUCCCCCCACCCCCAACAACUCCACCCUCGCCAUGGCUGAGCGUCUGCCGUGUGCGCUGCUGGAGGCGUGCGUGGUGCUGGGCGCCAGCGGUCGACACCUGCACGAGCACACCGGGCAGGACCACCAGGACGAGCUGACCCCACUCAUCCUCGACGUGCUGACCCCUCCGUGUCCGGGGGAGCUGCGCGAUGGUGCCGCACCCACCGCCACCUCCUCCUCCUCCACCCCCUCCUCCUCCUCCACCUCGUCGUCGAGCGGCGAGGAGGUCCCGGGGCGGCAGGGGAGCGUGGAGCUGGGCUGGAGCUCGACGUUGGACCACGCGGACGGGAGCUGGGAGCUGGAGCUUGAUGGCCUCCCACAGUUAUGCUUUCCCGAUGGUUUACGUGUCCUGGCAGGGCCGCUCCCGGACCGGUUCCACUCACUGGCGCUCACCGAUAUGAGGGGUCAGCGUGCCUAUGGUGUGGUGCUGACUCACUACCGGGCCGUGCGCCAGCCCCAGCACGAAGAGAUACGGACAAGAAUGGUCAAUGGAGAGAGUGGGGGGCCCAAAACACCUGGGGAGAGUGGGGGUCUCAAGGAAGCAGGAGAGAGUGGGGGUCUCAAGGAAGUUGGGGAGAGUGGGGGUCUCAAGGAAGCUGGGGAGAGUGGGGGUCUCAAGGAAGCUGGGGAGAGUGGGGGUCUCAAGGAAGCAGGAGAGAGUGGGGGUCUCAAGGAAGCAGGAGAGAGUGGGGGUCUCAAGGAAGUUGGGGAGAGUGGGGGUCUCAAGGAGGUUGGGGAGAGUGGGGGUCUCAAGGAAGCUGGAGAGAGUGGGGGUCUCAAGGAAGUUGGGGAGAGUGGGGGUCUCAAGGAAGUUGGGGAGAGUGGGGGUCUCAAGGAAGCUGGAGAGAGUGGGGGUCUCAAGGAAGUUGGGGAGAGUGGGGGUCUCAAGGAAGUUGGGGAGAGUGGGGGUCUCAAGGAAGCUGGAGAGAGUGGGGGUCUCAAGGAAGCUGGAGAGAGUGGGGGUCUCAAGGAAGCAGGAGAGAGUGGGGGUCUCAAGGAAGUUGGGGAGAGUGGGGGUCUCAAGGAAGCUGGAGAGAGUGGGGGUCUCAAGGAAGCAGGAGAGAGUGGGGGUCUCAAGGAAGCAGGAGAGAGUGGGGGUCUCAAGGAAGCUGGGGAGCGUGGGGGUCUCAAGGAAGUUGGGGAGAGUGGGGGUCUCAAGGAAGCUGGAGAGAGUGGGGGUCUCAAGGAAGCAGGAGAGAGUGGGGGUCUCAAGGAAGCAGGAGAGAGUGGGGGUCUCAAGGAAGCUGGGGAGAGUGGGGGUCUCAAGGAAGCUGGGGAGACUGGGGGGUCUGCGGUACCCUUGUAUUCCCCCAUCUGUGUGUGUCUCAUUUCCCGGGCUCCAUACUUCACCGCGCUCCAGGAAUUCCUCUCGUGGCUGUCCCACACGUUGGCAAGUCGGCGUUGUGCCACCACCACCACCGCCGUCUCCGUGACGGAGGCGGCGGUGGUGGUGGAGGUGUCACGAUUCGCCGCUCGACUCUUCCUCGUGCCCCUCGCCCCACCGGGACCCCUCCACCUGUGCGUGGAGAUGGGGCCUCUGCGCGUGCUGCUGCCGCCCUCCGACUCGGAGGUCCACGACCUCGACCUGACGCUGCCCUUCACCUGCCUGCGCUCACGCCACCUCCUGCAGGUGCUCACGUGCCUGCUGCUGGAGCAGAAGCUGGUGCUGCUGUCGGCCGAGUGGGCCCUGCUGGCGCCGGCCGGGCACUGCCUGCUGGCGUUCCUCGCACCCCUGUGCUGGCGCCACACGUUCGUGCCCGUGCUCGCCAGCUCCAUGCUGGGCUUCCUGGAGGCGCCCACCGUCUACCUCAUGGGCACGCACGGCAGGCACAAGCACGCCGUCAGCCAGGUGGAGGACCUUGUGAUCGUGGACCUGGACAGCGGGCAGCUCAUCCCCACACCGGCCAGUGUGCCCGGGUACCCCCCAGGAUCCGCGGGGCCCCCCGGGACACCCAACGGGCAGUCCCUCACCCCCCUCAUAGCUCCUCCCGAGGAGGCGGCGGAGGCGUUUUUAAGCAGGUGCCGCCACUUCUGCGUCCGCGAGGAGGCUCACGCGCUGGGGGUCGCGACCCCGUGCUCCCUGCAUGAGCUGCGGCGAGCGGCGCGCGCCCGGCGCCAGCGGCUGAACACGUGCAUCCAGGAGCUCUUCCUGGGCUUCAUCCACCACGCAUUCCGGGAGGUGUUGGCGCACCUGGACGUGGAACAGCGAGUGUUCAGCCGCGAGGAAUUCCUCGAGUCACGGAGACCUGCGGACCUGCCCUUCUACCGCAAGGUGCUGGACACGGACGUGUUCGAUUUGUUCCUCAAAGACCGCCUGGCGCAGAAGGCCGACUCCUUCUCUCGCCUGGAGAACAAAUCUAGCUCCUGGUCGCAGAAGAUGAAGCAGGAGAUGCUGCGCAGCCUGCGUCGACGCACGACAGAGGACCGAGCGCGUCAGCAGCCGCGGCCGACCAGCGCUCACCUCGGCGCUCACCUCGGCGCUCUCCCCGGCGACGGAGUCACAACGACGCAGGCCGGGGAGGAGCACGACCCCAGCGGCCUCGCGUUCGCAGGCGGACCCUUUGUCAGAGGGCAAGGGGCAGGGGGCAGGGGGCCGAUGGAGCCCUGGGGCCCCGACCCGUGGGACGACGGCACGGUCUUCACGCUGCCCCCCCUGCCCCCGGACCCGCUGCUGCCCGGCGAGGGGCAGCGCUACUGCGAGGGGCUGGGGGCGGCGCUGGGGGCGGCGCUGGGGGAGGUGGCGCCGAGCCGCUGGGGGCUACGGGCGGCGCUCCACGCGGUGCGCGCCGGCGCCCGGCUCGCGAGCCGCCAGCCGGAGCUGGCGCUCCACGACCUGCACAGCAUCUCCAAGAUGGAUAAGUCGGUGGUGCCGCCCGACGAGGCGCGGAGGAUCCUGCUGCUGCUGCCCACGUGGGCGCGAGCUCAGGUGGAGGAGCGACCCGAGCUCAGGUGGCUGCUGCAGGAGGAGGUGGACGAGCCGGCGCUGCUGUCCCCCCACGCGGCGGGGCCGUGCCCGGGGUCGCCGGACGGCCGCGUGCGCAGCUUCGCGCUGCCCUCGGCGCCGCUCUCCUGCGACGAGCUGGGCACCUGCGUGCGGGAGGCGGGCAUCACGUGCGACCCGGCCACCGUCGGGCGCCUCUUUGGCGCCCUCACCAACGGCCGUGGCGAGGUGCUGCCCGCCGACGCGGUGCGGCGGCUGUACGAGGCGUGGCGCGCCACCGAGCGGGCGGCGCGGGAGCUCUCCCUGCCCGUGGAGGCGCUCGCCCGCCUGGAGAGCAGCGAGAUCGUCUACAAGGUGUCGCCGGUGGUGCUGACCAGCCUGGGGCAGGGCCGCGUGGCCAUGACGCAGUCGCGCCUCUUCCUGCUGCGGGACGGAGCGGCGGUGCCCUUCGUCGACAUCGCCAAAUUCAGCGACAUCGAGGACGUGCAGGAGGUGUCCACGCUGGGCGUGCUGCGGCCCCGCCUGCACGCGCUUCGCGUGGUGUCGCGGCGCCACCCCGGCGCUCCGUUCGUCGCCAACCUCAAGGAGCAGCACGGCCCCUGGUGCCUGGCGGUGCGCGAGAUGCGCGCCGGCAAGCGGCUCGCCCACGCGCUCAAGGAUGCGCAGUUCGUGCACCGGGCGCUCACCAACGUGCUGCUCAUGGACGCGGUGGCGCAGUGCGUGCGGCGCAAGCGCGCCGCCACGGCCGCCGCCAUGCUGGCCCACUGCACGCGGGAGGACGCUCGAGUGUCGGUGGAGAGCGGCCCGCUGGCCACGCUGGCCGCGCUGGACACGCUGGACACGCUGGUGCACCGGGUGACGCCGGCGCAGGGCAAGCCGCUGGCCGUCGACGCCCUGCUCUACGUGCCGGGCGAGCUGCUGCACGGUGGGGGGGGCGGAGAGGGCACCCCCCCCCGGCUGUGGUGCGCUCUGAGCGGGGGCCGUGUCGUGGUGUUCGACGCGGCCACCUGGACCGUGGAGCACGGCCACCUGCAGGCCGGCACCAAGAGACUGAACCGCCUGCUGUGCGUGGGGGGCUCCCAGGUGUGGGCCGCCUCGUCCGACAGGAGCGUCUACAUCCUGGAGGGGCACGUGGGCGGCGCGCUGGGCUGCCGCCGGCACCUGGCGGGACACGCCGACGAGGUCACCGACCUCCUGCACGACGACGACGACGACGAUCGGCGGCCAGCGGGCGACGGCCAGCACACCGGAGUGAUCUCGUGCAGCGCCGACGGCCACAUGAUCGUGUGGGACGUGCAGGCGCUGGAGGCGGUGCGCCACGUCCGCCUGCCCGACUGCCGCUCGCUCACCUCCGUGCAGCUUCACGGCGGCGAGCUGUGUGGCGUUGACGAAGAGUGA